AUGGCAACGCCCCCUCACCGGAGCGCGCCUCCGGUCCCCAUGGCAACGCCCCCUCACCGGAGCGCGCCUCCCGUCCCCAUGGCAACGCCCCCUCACCGGAGCGCGCCUCCGGUCCCCAUGGCAACGCCCCAGGCCCCCCCUCACCUGAGCGCGCCUCCCGUCCCCAUGGCAACGCCCCAGGCGCCCCCUCACCUGAGCGCGCCUCCCGUCCCCAUGGCAACGCCCCGGGCGCCCCCUCACCGGAGCGCGCCUCCCGUCCCCAUGGCAACGCCCCCUCACCUGAGCGCGCCUCCCGUCCCCAUGGCAACGCCCCCUCACCUGAGCGCGCUUCCCGUCCCCAUGGCAACGCCCCGGGCGCCCCCUCACCGGAGCGCCCCCCCCGUCCCCAUGGCAACGCCCCGGGGCUCUGCUCGCCCCCGGGUCUCGCGCACGGUCUCGCGCUGCCGCGGGUCGGACUCGGCCCGCGCUCUCUGCGAUGCCCGCGAGACGCAGCGGGGCCCCGACCGCCAACCAACCUCGGAUCCCAGGCGGCCAGCGGCGGGCGCGGGCCCCUCAGCCCCCCGGGGCGGCUCAGCUCUGGGGUCCGAGGCGGCCCCUCUAGCCCGCCCAGCGCCGCUCUAUGGCUCGGGGCCGCUCUGCUCCCUGGCGGAGCCCGCGCUCUAUGGUUAA